AUGCCGCCGCUGCGCAUCACGACGGCCGGACAUGCUAGCAGUAGCAGCAGCGGCGGUGGGGCAAGUGCAAGUGGAAGUGGUGGGGGCUCCCAGAGCCGUGCGACCGCGACGCCUGUCCGCGGCACUGCGGCCCGACAGAUGCAGCUCCAAGGAGUGACACUGUCGGCAUCUCCCCACACGCCCGCCGCCGACCGGGACCGCGAGCGCGAGCGCAGCGAUAUCCUAGAGACGCCGUCGUCCCACUCGAUCCUCUCGCACGCACCAGUGAUCGCGCCGACCGACCAGCCAGAGUUUGCCGAACUCCUCACACCGGCCCAGCUCCGCCGGCCACCACGCCGGCGACGUCCCCAGCCUGUUGGUUUGGGUAACUUUGCCGGGCAGGCAAUCCUCGCUGGUGCCAGCGGCCUCGGGUAUACGACGGGCGACGGCGACCUGUACCGCGGUGCGGCCAGGGAUCCAAGCGCGCCGGCCAAGCCCAGUGGCGCCGACGAUGAGGAUGACGAAGAUGACAGCACCCUCUCGAGCGGGAGCUCGGGAUCGAGCUCGUGGUCAUGGGGUAGCGGCCUGGAACACGGUCGCCGAGCGACAAUGGCCGUCGUUCAACGUUUCGGCGAGGCCAUUGGUGUGCGACGCGGAAGCGUGAGCUCUGGCUCGUCGACCGAGAGCGACUCCGACGACAGCAGCAGUAACCGCACCUCGCGCGUGAGCCGGUUUGGACGAGCCCUCACACGCACAAUGUCGCGCGCGACAACCGCGACAAACGACAGCCAGGACGAUCGUCCCCGCAGAGUCUACGUCCCUCGACGUCGAGAGUUUACCCUCCUCACGCCACCGGGAGAAAGCAAGCCCAGUGGGCUUGGGCGCGACGACAGCUUUGCGAGUCUGUCGUCGUCACGCGCAAGCACGCCAAAGGGCUACCUCGACGCUAUCGAGACUGCGUCCCAGCGCGUCAUGACCACUCCCAUGCUCCCUUCGGUUCUCGAAGCGGUCCGCAAUGCGCGUGCCAUCGCCGGCGUCGUGACUCUCCAGCCAGACCACCUACACCACACCCAUCACCUGACAAACCUUCAGACCAAGAAGGGCGGCCACACCGUCCUCAUCCGUCGCGGCGGUAGCGCGCCGGGUCGGGUGCGCUCGGCUGCCCCAGGCGGCUUUACGUUGCCCACUGUGCCCCGCCCUGUUCUGGUACACUCCCACAGCCGUGUGGACACGCUCCGCAAGACUGAGCUACCCCUGCGUCCAAAGUCGGCGUCCGACUUGCUGGGCAUGUCCAUGUCGACGCCGUCGCCACUCAAUGGCGAUGACGGGCUCCCAACCGAGCCUCCCUUCGGCUUUGGACAGACGUCGGCAACCAACACUCCGUCCCCACCGCUUCCGGCCACUCCCACCCCAUCGUUGCGUCCCCAGAAGCAGCGUGCGGCGUGGUGGCUGGACGUGUCGUGCCCGACAUGGAAGGACCUGCGCGACAUUGGCGAGCUCCUGGGCCUGCACCCUCUCACUCUCGAAGACGUCCUCCACCAGGACCCGCGCGAAAAGCUCGACAUUUACGACAAGCUCGGUUACUAUUUUGUCGUUGUGCGUGCCCUCGACGAGCAGUACUUCAAGUACACGCCAGGAUCGUCGACGUCGGCGCCUCCAGGUGCCGAAUUGGCCACCGUCGGCAACGGAGUCGGUACGGCAGGUGCGUCUGGUGCGCCUGGUGUCGUGCCCGCGACGCCCGUUGUGGAAGCCCCAGAGCCGCGCCGCCGCGGAUGGGGUUUCGGCCGUCAGACUGGCCGCGCCGCCGCCAAGUCCGGCGAAAAGGUCGAGAUUGUCGAGGAUCCGGCCAAAGAGGGUAUCGAGGGUAUCGGUGUCGGUGGUGUAAAUCUCUACCUCGUCGUGUUCCAGGACGGUAUUGUCAGCUUCCACUAUGACGACGUGUCCAAGCACACCAAGCGCGUGCUGGAGCGUGUGACAGGCUCCACUGGCAACGAAGCAACUUCAGACUGGAUCGCGCACGGCCUCAUCGACUCGAUUGUAGACGCGUUCUUCCCCCUCACGGGUUACGUCGACGGUGCAGUCGAUGACAUGGACUCGCUUACCAUCGAUCCCACCACCGACCCGCGAGAGCCCGCUACUCCACCGCCAAGAGUCCUGCCCUCGGACGACCCGUUCCUGAACGAACCGGGUGAACCGGGCGAGUGGAUUGAGAUGGACGAGAAGAGUGGUACUGCUGGGCAGAUUAAGAAGACGACGGCUUCUACGGCCCGGGCUCUCAAGCAGGCGGCAAACGCCCGCAACUUCCGUGGGACAACGAGUACUCGCUCAAUGUCCCGCUUUCAACUUGCGAUGCUCUAUCUCAAGCUCGUCUUUCUCCCCAUCGCCACGGCCAAGAGGCACACCAAGGACGCAACUCGCAAGGACGUGUUUGACCGGUCGGCCAUGUUGAAGAGCAUUGCCAACAUGCGUCGUCUUGUCACAGGUCUCUCACGUAUGCUGGGAGGCAAGAACGCCGUUGUCACCAGUCUGCUUAAGCGUGCAUCCGAGAAUGGCCGCGGGUCAGACCAGGCCGUAUACCUUUCCGACGUGCACGACCACAUCCUCCUCCUCCAGACGUCCCUCUACCAUUACGAAUACAUCCUCGCCCACUGCCAACCUGCCUACCUCAGCUACCUGAACGUAUCCAUCGCAGACUCGCGUAGUGGUACCGACCGCCUCAUCCUGGCCCUCUCUACCGUCGCAAUCGGCAUCUUGCCUAUGCAGCUUCCAAUCGGUCUGGGCUCGAUGAAUAUCUCACGACCUGGCAACAGCCUCACAGGCGACAAGUACUGGUACUUUAUCGGCAUCUGUAUCCUCAUCACCCUGAUGGGGUGUGUCAUGGUCCUCACGGUGCGGUACUGGCGUUGGGCCGCACGCAAAAAGUGGACCAAGCUCCGCGGCGGCGAGUUACCCAGCUCGUGGGACGGAUUCUGGGGAUGGGCAUAG